AUGAAUCUUUACUUGCACGGCAUCGGCGGAGAGGAAAGUCCGGUCACGGUGGGUGACAGUCUGAUCAGCGAUCCUGGUAAUCGCUUUGAUAUAGUGCUCACCAAUCCGCCCUUUGGCAAGAAAAGCAGUGUCACCAUCGUCAACGACGAAGGCAAAGCCGACAAAGAAUCUCUCACCUAUGAACGCGAGGACUUCUGGGCGACCACCUCCAACAAGCAGUUGAACUUUUUGCAGCACAUCAAGACCUUGCUCAAGAUCAACGGCAGUGCAGCCGUGGUACUACCCGACAAUGUACUCUUUGAAGGGGGUGCUGGUGAGACGGUUCGCAAGAAACUGUUACAGGAAGUUGAUGCACAUACCCUGCUUCGCCUGCCCACGGGUAUCUUUUACGCACAGGGCGUGAAAGCCAAUGUCUUGUUCUUUGACCGCAAGCCGGCAAGUGAGCAUCCCUGGACAGAGAAGUUAUGGAUUUACGAUUUGAGGACGAACAAACACUUCACGCUCAAGAAAAAUCCAUUGCGCUUUGAGGACUUGCAGGAUUUCAUCGCGUGCUACAAUCCUGAAAAUCGGCAUGACCGCAAGGAAACCGAGCGGUUCAAGUGCUUUGCGUAUGAUGAGUUGAUGCAGCGGGAUAAGGUGAGCCUGGACAUUUUCUGGCUGCGAGAUGAAAGCCUUGAAGAAUCCGAAAACCUUCCCGAACCAGAUGUGAUUGCCGCGGAGAUUACCGAAAACCUGGAAGCAGCAUUAGAGCAAUUUGCGAGUAUUUACGAGGAAAUUGCUCCCAGCGAGGAUGGGACGACUGAAGAGUAUGAAUACGUGACCCAAACAGAUUGA